AUGAACAACAAUGACGAGGAUCUGUUCUCCGGUAAGACUGCUAUAAAAGCCCGCCGAUUUCGGGCAUGGCAAAUGGAGAUGUCCGAGUUCGACUACGUCAACAUCAGGAUGGCACAUGUUCCAGGAGUAUGUAACGUCCUAUCCGACCUCUUCAGUAGAUGUGCAGAACGUCUUGAACAAAGCCACAUGACCCCUGUCGAUGAAAUGGCGAACGAGGCUCCCACAAUGCCAAUCUAUUUGCCUACUUAUGGAGAAGCACAAGAGGAGGACGGCGACAAUACUGUCGGUCACAUCUACACUGGCGCUAUCUAUGACUAUGAACUUUCACACCUGGCUAUGACACCGUCCCAGGCCGAGAUCAUCGCGGAUUCCUAUGCGGUUGAUGAAACCAUGUAUCUGUCAGUCCGACUCAAGGCAGUCUGGGCCGCAGCUAAUGGAUUGCUGGACUCAGAGACCUACUCGGACAUCACCAGCGUGGAGAAGGCCAAGGCAGUGGCAUGGAUUGAAGCUCGCAAGUUUAUCACGUCUCUGAUCUGUAAGGAGAAUGGCGCUAUGGGCCUCUUUACACAGAGUACCAACAGGGAGCAAGACUUGCGGAAGCUCCCAUGGGUGCUGGUGAUACCUGGCCCUGCAGUAUUUGUUAACGAGUUAAGGCUGGUUACGGCGUACGAUCCUCAACAACAACUACAGUCUGCUCGCCAAGGUCUGCUGCUCUAUGCCCACGAUUGCAAAAUUCACGUACCCUAUGACAGAGCGCUACGCGUUCUCCAAGCUAUUGCCUGGUGGCCUGGUAUGGGAAGCGACCUUCUAACGCACAUAAAUGACUCUGAUUUGUGCUUACGGCUUUAUCCUUCGAAGCAUCUACCAUAUCGCGGUGUGACUUCCUGUGAAACUAUCGCCGUCUCUCCCUGUCACCUGGAGGUGAGGCGUGAGGAAGUGGACCGUACCCGAGCCACUCCGGCGGUUGAGGGCACUGUGGACCCUGCUAAGCUAAAGGAAGGAGAUUGUGUACUGGUUCGUUUGGUAACGGAUAAGUACACCGAGGGGUACUUAGAAAGGCCAAUCGGCGGCUACCGUGCUGCCAGCACGUUUAAGUGA